ACUAUGCAUACCCAGAAAGGGAGAUUUCAUUGACAGCAUUUGCCUUUGCCUUUGCAACAGCAUUUCUUUUCCCAUUCCUCCAAAUUCUACAUUAAAAAGAAUUUUGCCUUUUCUGGGGACUCAAUCUCUCACACAAACACAGAUAGGGAAAUUCAAUUCAAUUCAAUUCAUUUCAACCCAAUUUCUAGGGUUAGGGUAUUUCUUUUAGUUUCCCAUCAAGUCUCAUCCCAAAACAAGCAAAGCAAAGCAAACAAAACCCAUAUAUACCCAAAACAAAUUUUCCCACCAAUCCUUUAUGAUUCUUUCUUUUCAUAAAAACAACCACCCAAUCAGGAUUUUGAUUCCCACCCAAGAUUGGCCUUCCCUUUUCACAAGGGCAUCUUUCAUAUUUCUAUUAAUCUUGUCUCAAUCUCUCUCUUUCUUCUGCACCUCCACCACAGCCAUUGAAGCCCAAGCCAUGAAGGUCCACCCGAUGCCCAAGAAGCGCAACAUCACCAUCCAAUACAACUCAAGCAACCCACUUUCUGAAGCUGAGGCCCUUCUGGGUCUGACCCACAAGAAGCUCCGCCGCCUGCCUCAUGUCUUCAGUCGGGUCCUGGAGCUUCCAUUUCGCUCCGACGCCGAAGUUUUGGUCGAGGAGAACCCCGAUUGCUUCCGAUUUAUCGCCGAAACAGAUAACAUCGGCGACGGCGUGAGGGCCCAUACCGUCGAAAUCUAUCCGGGUGUGACCAAAAUCGUGGUUCGGGAAAGUGGGUCGGCGGAAUUGACAUUGGACGAGCUUGAGCUCGACAUGUGGAGGUUUCGGCUGCCCGAGUCGACUCGGCCCGAGUUGGCAAGCGCGGUUUUUGUCGAUGGUGAGCUUAUCGUGACGGUGCCGAAGGCCGAGGGGAUCGAGAAUUCGGACGGUGGAAAUGGCGGUGGAGAGGUUUGGGGUGAUGGAGAUGGGAAUGGGAAUGGGGGUUUCAGAGGAGGUAUGGGUAACCGCCUUGUGCUUGUACAGUAAUGUAUUCUCUCUUAUUUUUUCUUCUUUUUUUUCUUUUGGGGGUUUAUAAUUUUAGUUGUUCCAAUGAAGUUGAAUUUAGCUUGCAACUUAAGCUUCUGAGGCUGUUGUUGAUGGAACUAGUUGUUGUAUGCUGUUCUUGUUGAAUGAAGAAAUGUUGGUUUUGGCAA